AUGCUCUUUGUGAACCGGCUUCAAACGGAUCAUGACGCUACGCCUCCUGCACUUCGCAAGGCGUGCUCAUUCCCUCAAGCUCUGGCCAAACAUCAGUGUUGCGCUGCAUUUUUGCACUUUCUUCGGCUUCUGGAGCGGAUGAGCCCACCUUCAGACUUUCUGGAAGCCCAGUCAUCACUCCGCAGCCAGUUUGCUUCUGGCUUUCUCGACCCAGAUCUCUUGCACGUGCUGGAACAUGGCUUUCCUCCAGGCGAUCCUUCCGCAGUGACCGCAUUCAGGCUCAUGAAAGCUCAGCGAAUCCAAAAAGAUGCUCGAGACCAAGAGAUUGAAAAGAACCUGCGACAAGCUGAUGUACAGUCAGUGCUUGCGAAGCUUGAGUCUGACAUCAAGACGCUGAAGGAUCGGGCGCCAAGCGAGGCACAGGCUGCGUUCAAGCAUGCCAAAGAUCUCAAGUAUGUGCAGGAGCGACAAAAGAUUCUCGACAGCUCUCGGCUUUCUGGGCUAUAUUGUUUGCUUGGAACAAAGUGUGCGGACGCGAUCAUUGCUGGCCUGUUGGACGGCAUGCCACUUGGUGAUACGGAUCGCGUGUACUGGGUUGAUGUGGUGCCCAAUGAGUAUUGUGAAUUUGGCCGGGCGUGCAUUGAACGGACUUUGGGGGAUGGGCGGAACGUGUUGUACACUGGCUUUGUCACGCAGAAGCAAAUGGAUCGCGCCACCAAGUCUUUCCGGAACUACGUCUACAGCUGCUGGGAUGCGAUGGCUACGUCCCCGCCCAGGGUCCGGCCUCAAGAUGAUUCAGAAGUUUUGCCUACGCCAGAGUUGCAAAUCCUGGCGUGGGAGCAUGACCACCCCGUGUGGCCACAGCCUUUGCUGACCCGAUUCGAAGGUGGCACCGAGGAGCACAAUCUUUUGAUGGCAAAGAAAAAGGAGUUCGAUACAGCUUUUCCAGCAUCUGCCGAGAAUGCGUCGCAGGCUGCAAACGAACCACGCGGGGUUGGGCGUGCCGGGGGCUUUUGCGACUUUAGUGUCGAUGGUGGCGCAAGGCCGCUGGACAUUGCCAGGGAGAUUUCACUGCCUGCUGUUACCGACGCAGAUAUGGAAGCAGUGAAGAAGGGCAGGAUUGGAUGGUCAGAGGGUAAAUCUGGAAAGCCAUCAAUUCUCAUUGCAUCAAACCUCCAACUGUGGAUCGGGAAUCCCACGGACGAAGACACCAACUACGCGUCACAAGAACUCCUCGGAUUCGGAGUUGGUGCUUUCGAGGAGAAGGUUGUGAGCGACCCGGGUGCAGAGAGCAAUGUGCUCCCGUUCUGCUUCAAGUCCGAUUUGGACCUCAUCAGCUACCAGAAGAAACCGCAAGCGCUAUGCGCCUUUCUCCGAUUCCUGGCCAUCGAGAAGGGUUUGGGUGAGGUUCAGGUGGAAGAUCACAAUGUGACCCAGAAGUUUUUUCCUGUGACCACUCCUGGUGCUGACGCUGUGCCGGUGACCUUUCGCUAUGACGUUGCUGCCAAAGACUCCAAGGUGGUGAAACCACAGGCUGAGACGCCUGCGGAAGGUUCAGAUGCAGAUCAGAUUCUCAAGAAGCCGGCAGCGAAAGGCUUGAAACGGCCAGCCGCAGCCCACCCUGGAGGAAACGUGACAAAUCCGUUUCUGUACAAGACUGGCAUUUGGGGCAUCAAGCAAAAUGGAAAACAAGUCCUGACAGUGGGAGGAAAGUACAAGCACGUUGGCAAAUGCAAGGAGAUUGCAGACAUUGCGGCGGAUAUGUUGCGUGAAGGCAAACCACUCGAGGAAGUUCGGUCUGCGGUUGCACCAUAUGCGCAAGAGAUUGUGAAAGGUUCUAAGGUGUGGGAGUUGCGGUCCACGAAUUCGCACUACCGAGAACGCAUAGGGAUCGCUUUAGCACACACUCAAACGGUGAUUGGAGAAGUCAACCUGAUCGAUGUCAUCCAGCUAGAUGCCGAUUCAGUGAAAGCCAAUUUUAGCAAGCACCGGGUUCCUGCUGAAGUUUUGAAAGACUUUGUGCCUUCUGGUCGACGUGUGUUUGCAUGGGUCAUGGCCAACGCAAGUGAAUACGCAGUGGCCAAGCCAUACCAGCACCCCCUGGGUGCCAUCGUCUGGGUGGAUGUCGGACCAGAGACUUUGGCAACCGCUGAGUUGGUGAAGACUGUUGGCCCUCGUGACCAGGGCGGGGGAGACGAGCCCGCAGCUGAAGCUCCCAUGGCUGAAGAAGCUGUGAUGUCUGAAGCCCCCGUGGCUGAAGAAGCUGCGGAUCCGAACGAGUUUGCCAAAGGCGAAUUCGAAGGUGAAGAGGAGGACCUGGCUGACAAUGGAGACCAGGUUGUGGAAGACAUUGACUGA